UCGAGCGCGCCACCGCCACCCGGCGUCAUUCCCGCACGACCACCCGAAUCUCCUCCUCGCCUCGUCCUUCAACCCGUUCUCCUCCUGACAUCAUCCUUUGCGGUUCGGGAUACGACAGUCGUCCGGCGGUUCUUGGGCAAGUUGUGCCUCGCGCGUCCGUCCGGUCCGUACGCCAUGCCUGCCACGGGAUUCGUGAGUCAAGACCCUGUGGCCGAGAAAACCGAACGCAGCGAUGUAUUCACAAAUUAUGGAACGACUGAAAUUUUGUAUACAGGAGGAUGUGCAGUUAUUGUAUUGGGAAUUUUGAUUGCCGCAUGUCAUAUUUGCGCUAAGAAAAAAUUGUUAUGGUUUAAAAAUAAAAGUAAACUACCGACGGCAGCUUCGGAACCACAUUUGGCGUUUUAUCAUCGAAAGCCGACCACGGCCGUGAAGGCUGUUAAAAAUCCAGCAGGAUCACAUUAUUUGAAGAAAAGCCCAAGUCCUACAGGCAGCAAAACACCUGUUGGUGAUGGAAGUAUAAGCCCCGCUGGAUCAGAGAAAACCUCUAGACAUUCACCAACUAUAAGUCCGACAUGUGAACAAAAAACUGUGCAGCCGCCCACACAUACGUUGUCAGUUGUACAUGAGAAUGAAAUAGAUAAUAAGUUAUCAUCGAAAAAUAAUCAGCAACAAACUGAAACCGGUUCAAAUGAUACACCUGGUAAAAUGGGAGUACUUUUUUUCAAACUUCGGUAUAAAAAAGACAAAAAAGUUCUUCUGGUUAAUAUAAAUAAAUGCAUGGAUUUAACACCUAAAGAAAAGAAUUCCGGCACUAGCGAUCCUUAUGUAAAAUUGCAAUUAUUGCCUGAUAAGGAACAUAAAGUUAAGACACGAGUAUUGAGAAAGACAAGGAAUCCAGUUUACGACGAAGACUUUACAUUCUUUGGAAUUCAAACUAAUAAACUUCAAUCUAUGACAUUGCAUUUUGCCAUACUGAGUUUUGAUCGUUACUCCAGAGACAGCCUGAUUGGUGAAGUUUUCUUCACCUUGAAUGAAAAAGAUGUAUUGGAAUCAAUUGAAAAAGAACAAAUUUCUAUACAAAAAGAUAUUAUACUUCGCAGUGUUAAAUCACAAAUCGCCAAUCGAGGAGAAUUGUUGGUAUCUUUGUGUUGGCAACCAGCAACCAGAAGAGUAACAGUUGUUGUGCUUAAGGCUAGAAAUUUACCUAAGAUGGACCUGACUGGAUUGGCUGAUCCAUUUGUGAAGAUAAAUUUCUUGGUUGACGGAACACGCAUAUCAAAGAAACGGACUCACAUGAAGAAACGUACAUUGAAUCCGGUUUAUAACGAAUCAUUUGUGUUUGAUUUGCCUUCAACCGUUGUUGAUUUACAUAAUGUGUGUAUUGAGUUUUGUGUUUUCGAUCAUGAUAGAGUCACUAAAAAUGAAAUAAUCGGUCGAGUUUUAAUGGGGCAUCCAGACAAUCCAUCUGUUACCGCCGAACGUCACUGGAAAGAAGUAAUGAAUGCACCACGGAGGCAAAUAGCUGAUUGGCACAAAUUAGUUGUCUGAACCAACAGGGAACAAAGAAAAAGGAUAUCGCAACAAGAAUAAAAUUAUGUUAUCUAUACUCUUCCUACAAUUUUUGGUUUUGAUUUCUAUUUUGUACCAAAGUUUACCUCUAUAUAUGGAAACAAUCUAUUAUAGUCAUUUUCAAAAUAUACUCUGUACAUUGUCCAAUCGUAUAAUUGACAAUACGGCCCAUUAUAUAUUUCUAUGUCUAUUUUAGACGUUAUGUUAAAUUAAACAUGCAUAGAACAUGUUAUUGGUAAACAUGAAUCAAGAUAAAAUAUGAAGUAUAUUGUUUAGUUUUAUUUUAUUAUUGCCAACCUUUGUACCAAAGCCAUUGACAAAUACAAACAGGGUGUGUUAAAAGAAAAAAAACGAACAAAUAAAAUGAGAUGAAUCAGAAUCAGAUUGUUGAAGAUGGCAAGGUAAAUGUGGAAUCGACAUUUGUCUAACUUAUUUUUAUUCUUUUAUUUUAUUUCAGCCAAUUUAACAUCGCAUGUUUUAAAAUCCAUCUUGUUUAAUUUGUUUUUAAUAUAAAACAGCUUGUGCAUGAGUUUAUAAUAUUUAGUGUUAUUGUUAAGAAUAUAGAUAUGAUGUAACGUAGGUAAGUUGUCAUGCAAACAAUAUAAUUACAAUGUGCUAUUACACUCUAAAAAACCAACAUUAAUACAAAUAAUAUAUAAAUAUAUAAAUUAUUUGCCGACCGUAUUUUUUCGUUUAUAAAAUGUUUAGAUGAAUGAUAAAUUGUUGCGUGUGUACUGUGUACACACACAACACACCACAAUACUAUAUUAUACUAUACAAUCAAAAAUAUAUUAAUGCAUAAUAACACAAAUAUUAAAGUAUUAAUUAUUAUUAUUAUUAUAACUUAUAACAUAAUUAUAUUUAUAUAAAAUAUAUAAUAUAUAGCUGUUUAUUCGAUAAUGUACACUUUUUUUUGUAGUAAUUCUUAAUAUUUACAAAAUAAUUUUUAUUAUUUUUUUAAUUAAUAGCAAAUAUAUUACAAUAUUUAUAGCUUAGAAUGAUUAAAGAUACAAAUAUGUUAAAGGAAACAGUACUUACAUUUCAUAUUUUUUUUUGUAUUAUUAUAGGUAUAUAUACAUAAGUUGAAUAAAUAUAAAAAUAAUCGUUUAAAAAUAGUUUUUUAGACAAUAAAGUAUUACCUAUAUAAAUUUAUUUGUGCUUUUUCUCGUCUGAGUUUAAUAUAUACUCACAGUGUUUUAGAAAACAUAGAUAUUAUAUUAUUUUUAUAACAGUAUACUAUCGAAUAUAAUAUUAUAAGAUGCAAAUUAAAAGAAAAAUCAUUUUAUUUUUUUUUUUUAUUAAUUAGUUUAUUUUUGUUGUACAUAAUAUAUAUUGUUAUAAAAAGUUUAGUAGUACCUAUUAUCAUUAUUAUAAAUAUCGUAUACAGUGUUUUAGAAAACAUAGUAAAAAUUUUAUUUGAAGUAAAUUAAUUAUUGUCGUGUUUUAUGUUAAGUCAUCGACAAUGCUAGUGUCCAUAAAUAUAAUAAAUUAUUUCCACGUUCAGUAUUGUAAUCGUGUAAAAUGUUAUAUAAUACUAUUAGUGAUAACAAUGGUAACAACCCUACUGGUUUUUGAGAUUUAAUUAUUACGUAUUAGAAUUUGAAAGUUGUAUACUUAAUAAAUAUAUUUUAAUUAAAUAUUUUGUGUAGACCGACCAAAAUGAUAUAGCAUCUAUUCAGUCUCGACUAAAGUGCAAAUUAUGUAGAUGUGACCAUAGGGAUGUAAAGUAUGAUGAUUGAUGGUGACGUUAAUAAAAUACAUUUUUGCUUUA